AUGGACAACAACAAUAAUAUCCAUGCUCCUACAGUCGCCUCCGGACCUACGUCCGGAGAGGCUCCUGCUCGCGACCUGUCCAAGCUCGGUGUAGUCGAUCUCAUGCAAGAGAAAGAACGCAUCGAAGCGGAACUCUCAGCUCUUAGCAGCGUGCUCAGCUCUCACGGCGUUCACAUGAAUACCUCUUUGACGACGUUCGAUGGCUACCCCCGAGACGACAUAGAUGUCGCCCAAAUACGUACCACCCGAGCGCGCAUCAUCAGACUACGAACGGAUCAUAAAGAAGCCAUGUCGCUUCUCGAGAAGGGGAUACAUGAACAUUUCGCGAGCCUGCAGCGUGCGCAGGCUACUGCGCCAUCCGGAGGCAAUAUCAAUAACAUGCAAGCUGCACCGGCCAGUGCAGCCGCCAGUGAUGCUGCAGGGAACGAAGCCGCCGGGGUUCCUUUUGCGAAAGUCAACAGUGUUGUUCCUGGAAGCCCUGCAGACCAAGCCGGUCUCAAGGCUGGCGAUACUGUACGGAACUUUGGAAAUGUGAACUGGUUGAACCACGAACGCUUGUCGAAAGUUGCUCAGGUUGUCCAGCAAAACGAGGGGCGCCCGGUGGCGGUCAUCAUCACCAGAAAGGAUACAGACUCAGCCAACAACUUUGAGCUCAGCCUGACGCUCAUUCCUCGCCGUGAUUGGGGUGGCCGUGGUCUGCUAGGUUGUCAUCUAGUUCCUCUAUGA